GGCAGGGCGCGUCCCGCCGCCAGUAGGCUGGGCCGUGCCGGGCGGCAGCGGGACUGCCAGCGCGGAGGAGGUGCGGGGUAUGGCUCCGCCGGCGACGAGCGGGAUCCCGCCGAUUGCUCCCUCGCUGGGCCCGACGGCCGUCUGGCUGGGGAACCGCUCCGAUCUCGGUGAUGUACAGGCCUUGGCAAGCCAUGAUUUACCGACAACUACUGUGACGACUGGCAAUAAUAACAAGCCUGAGCACCUGGAGUAUGUUGCCUUUGUAUUGGUGCCUGUUUUCUUCAUCAUGGGUCUCUUGGGGAUCCUCAUCUGUCACGUCCUUAAGAAAAAAGGGUAUCGUUGUACAACAGAGGCUGAAGAAGUAGAGGAAGAGGAGAAGCCUGAUGAAAAAAUAGAAAUGAAUGAAACUGCGCAUGAGAAUAGUGACACUGUAGGACAAAUUAUUAACUACAUUAUGAAAAAUGAAGCAAAUGCUGAUGUGUUAAAGGCCAUGGUAGCAGAUAGCAGUGUCUUUGAACCCGAAAGCCCCGUGUCUCCUAACACUCCUGGGAGUCCAACAAGUCCAGGGUCUCCUUUGUCACCUGGUGCUGCUCCACUUAAACACAGCUGCAAAGGCCAUCACUUACAUACUGUUGGAGGAGUAAUAGAGAAAGAUGUUUGUUCUCGCUGUAGCCACAAACGGUGGCAUCAUAUAAAACCAGCUCACAAAUCCAAAGAGCACAGAAGAAGUCGCCUUGGAGAGGUUACAGUACUUUCUGUGGGAAGGUUUAGAGUCACGAAAGUGGAGCACAAAUCUAAUUCCAAAGAACGGAAAAGCUUGAUGUCUGUUACUGGGGUGGAGGGCCUCAAUGGUGACGUGCCUGCCACACCUGUGAAACAGGAAGCAAAAGAAGCACCUGCCACACCUGUGAAAGAGGGGACGCAAGAGAGGAGAAGCUCAGAGUGAACUGCAGGUGGAACUUCUAGAAGAAGUUAGUCAACUAGCACUUUGGAGAAAACAGAGGACUCCCAAGAAAUGCAUUCUUAUUCUUAGUGUGUUUAUGGCACUGUAGCAUUUUACAAACUUUGUGAUGGCAUCCAUGCAAGGUUAAAUACUUACUGAUUUUUAUUGGUGAAAAAAAUUUAAGAUUUACACAUACACACUGUUGGGCAGUGUGGACCUCAUACCAAAAGUUGAGCUUCAUCUUCAAAAUCAAAAAUACACACAUUUUUUUUGGACAGGGAAGGUAAAAAGUCUUACCAGAUAAUUUUUUUCUUCAUACUUUACCCCUCUAGUCCAUUUGGAUUUUUUAACUCUGUUCUUCCCUUCCAGAGCUCACAAAUACUCACUGAAGAUGAAAGUCAGACUACGGAAGAUGAAAAAUACUCUAUUAAUCUAAAUUUUAGUAGCCAAGCAAACCACACAAGAAAAUAAACGUUUUCAGUCAAAUCUGCAUGUGUGCAGACAUGCAGAAGUAUGUAAGCCUUUCUGACUCUGUGACAGGUAACUCACAGCACGGAAUGGCUUAGCUAUACGCAAAUGUUAAAUGAUACUGUUGUCCUUAUUCCCAUUACCUUAAUAACUAUUUAAUAUUAGGCUAAAAAGUGUCUUCUUCUAUGCACUUGGUUGAGCUUUUGGAAAGGUCACUUUCAUUAAGACCAUUUGUUCUCCAAUUUUCUUGUAACUACUUAGUCGUAUUUGCAGUCGUAUUGCCUCAUGGCUUUGCCUUUCUCUUUUGUUUUUUACCCACAGGUUCCUUAUUAAGCUAAGGCAACAUAUUUGAACCACUAGAUAAGGAUAUGGAAUAUAUGUCAUUAAAAAUUUAUGGAGUAUGUACCGAAGUACUUCAGAGUGGCUUCAGAGGGUAGCAGUUCUCAUGGCACCGAAAUCUUAAGCCAUUGUUUCACUGCCUUAAUAUUUUGAGUGUGAUCUACUGCUAACAAUACCAGUGAUGGUUUUGUGAUGUUAUUUUUGUGUCUACUUAUUAUGACCUUUACAAUCUUAUUGCUUUAUUUUGGUAAGGCAGGGGGAGGGGACAUUUGCAAUACUUCAGCAAAUUUUGCUAUGUGAAAGAAACUGAAAAAUAACAUAUUCUCCAAGUGCCUAAGAAUAUAAGCUGUAAGGUAAUACAACGUAGUAGAGAUUAUGCUAUUUUCUGAGAACUAUACAUUAAUUUAAUCUAACCUAUGAACUCUAUAAAGAUCAGUGCUUCUUUUGAAAUUGAUUUGUUUUAAAUUGCUUUCGAUCCUUUUUGUCCAAGUGUUCUGAACUGUGUUUUUCUUUCAGAUCUGAGAAUCUUCAUCAGCUUAUGUAAUGUUAACAAUGUGUACAAGUAUUAAAUUCAUAUUCAUUUUUUUUAACCAUAUUAGGUACUCCCACAUCUUGUCAGAGAACUUUGUUUGAUGGUUGCUGGGAAGUAUGUGCUGUGAUUGCCUUCCUUGUAUCAAUUAGAUAUUGAUAGAUCCAAUUGUAGAACAGCUUGGGUUGGAAGGGGUCUUAAAGAUCAUCUAGUUCUGCAUCUCCUGCCCUGGGCAGGUUUACUGCUUGCUAGGUCUGAACGCUUCUCAGAGACACCAUAUUUGGUUGGGGGGAGGAACAAACAAACAACAACAACAACAACAA